ACCUUCCUUCCACUCCCACAACACGCACGCAAUUCAUCACCAGUUGCAUCCUGCAUCUUACUCCCACAAGAUCUUCGUCUUCGCUGCCGCUCUCCCUGGGCAAACCUUCUCUUUUAGUCGCGACGCCACGCCCGCCGACUCGCUCACUCUCGCUGUCUUCGAGAACGCUACUCAGAGACCCAAGAAAGAAGAAAAGAAGAAUGGCCACGACCCCGCCGCCCCAGAACGGGCGCUACUAUACCCAGUCCGACCCUGCCAUGGAAAAGUACCAGGCCGCCUGGGCAAGCCUCCGCUCAAACUCCUAUGUCAACAACCCUUCUUUGUCGGAGGAUGACCGGAUCUAUUUGCACGGUAUCCAGGGCACCUACAAGGUGAAAUUGGCAAGCCGGACCGGUUGGGUCCAUGGGUUCCAGAUGAUGCUCAUCUGGGACUACGACCGCAUCUGGGGAGCCUUUGAUCUGGGCACCUUCAAAGGCAUCCUGAUGGUCGACCACGGCCCGCAGCGGGAGCCGCCGGAGUUCUGGGACGAUGAGGCUGAGCUGCCCUCUUUCGACUUCACCUGGAGGGGGACAUGCACCCAGAUGCCCGACGCCGUAUUCAACAACCCGCUGAUUACAAAGGGCAAAAUCACGUUUGGAUCCCGCAACAUUUCCGGCCAUUUCGAGGGCAUGGCGACAGACGCCACGUGCAAGUUUGAGGGAGAGGCUCAGUUCGGCCCACGGCGAGUGGGGCGCAGCCUUCAGAGCUUCAUCGACGAGUGGAAUGAGUAUGAAUUCUUUGGCGAAGACGAGACCAUUCGUCAGCCGCCUGCCGGAGAGACUGUUGACUCCACGGCUGAUGCACAAGCUGGGACACCGUCAGUGAAAGAAGAUGAGGACUCCUCCACGGAGUCAGAAGGAUCAGAGGACACCGCCGAGGAAAGCGAUUUGUUCGACGACGAACAGCUUCGCCUCUACCUGACAGGCGUAUUUGACAUCUCGAGCGAGGACAUCAAGGCCGAAUUGCCAGACAAGGCCCAGCACGUCGCCCUGCGCAUGCAUGCUGACCUGGAGGGGAACCAGGUCUGGGGGUGGUUCGACAUGGGCAUUUGCGAGGGGUAUCUGCUCCUUGAUGUGCCUGCCGAUGGCCUGAGAAAAGGCAGGCCGCUUCAGUUCACGUACAGGGGCCGCGAAGCCGAGACCGGCAUGACUGUGCGGGGAACAGGAGAGCUCGAGGUGGAAUCGACCAAUGCUUGGCGAGUGAAGGGCUUCUUCAGAGGGAUGUAUGGCGACGCUGUUCGGUUCAGCGGGAAGCGUAAGCUCAUGCCGUCCGGCAUCUCUGGGCGAGACUUGUGGUGGUACCAAGACGGAUGGGCGGAUUACGGCGAACAUCUGAACCGUUGGCGCCGUUGAAUGAGGACCAUCGUCCCGUUGACUGUUGCCCGACAGGCUCGGCUCGGCUGAGCCAGAUUGACUCUUUUUGCAU